AUGAUCGGGAAAUCUUACUUCCUCCUGUCCCUUCUCCAAGUUGGACUGUCACAAGAGUGGAAAGGUGACACUCCACGAGAGGUGACAGCGCAGGAAGGUUCGUGUGUACAGAUUCCAUGUCAUUACAGUUAUCCAUCGUGUCUGGAAAACCAACUGCGAGGUGGAGUCUGGUUUAAUAAUGAGAAACAGAUUCCCUGGGCUCCCAUUGCCUUUCACUCCAAGGAUCACAGUCACGAGUUACCACGGUUCCACCAUCGGACCCAGCUGUCUGGAGACCUGAAAGAUGGCGACUGUUCCCUGAUUAUAAACAACAUCAGACGGGAAGAUGCAGGACCUUAUUUUUUCAGAAUAGAAUUUGACAAUGGUCCGAGCCAUAACUAUUACCCUGUAACCCAGCUUCAUGUUUCUGAUUUCACAGAUAAACCCACGAUAUUCCCUGCUGAAAUUAUUGCAGGAAAGCGUGUGGAUGUAAGCUGCACCUUCAACACAACGUGCAAUGGAACAGCAGCACCUGUCUUAACCUGGGACACUCCCACUGACGUACCUGCAUCAGUCUCAACUUCUGUUCUGACCCUGAUCCCAUCACUCAAACACCACGGACACACUCUCAGCUGCAGAGUGAGAUAUCCAUCUGUUUCAUCGGAGCGGACCCUCGUACUAACUGUGCAACAGAAGUACAGACAUCCUUCAUUCUACAUUAGCGACAGUCCAGUACUCCCCCGGUACUGA